AUGGCAAUUCAUAUGGUGAAGUGCCCUGACCAGGAUCUAUUACAUUGUUUGCCUCCAAACGAUCUACUCCGUCAAGAUGCUGGAUUUAUUCAAGACUUAGCUGCAUUAGUUAAGGCUAGCUCAACAGAGCUCUGCCUUAAUAGUUCUGUCUUUCAGAGCAACCUAGUUCUUCAUCUCAACAUGCUGCAGCAUUAUCAUCUUAUCUCUGUGUUCAGUGGACCUUUAGAGGUUUUCCUGGACUUCUUUGGAGGGCCUCCAUCUUAUGAUUCCGCUAUGUCUGUAAGUACCAGUGCAGUGAAGCAAAGAGAAUUUAAGGGAGAUGCACAAGAUCCCAAAAUAAUCGCCUUUGAUGAACUUCGGACAGACUUCAAAAGCCCAAUAGAUCAGUGCAACCCAGUCCACGCAAGAGAGCGACUGAGAAAUAUUGAGCGUAUUUGCUUCCUCCUGCGAAAGCUGGUGUUGCCGGAGUACUCUAUCCAUAGUCUUUUCUGCAUAAUGUUUUUGUGCGCUCAAGAGUGGCUGACACUGGGGUUAAAUGUUCCUUUGCUUUUUUAUCACUUCUGGAGGUAUUUUCGUUGCCCAGCAGAUAGUUCAGAGCUAGCAUAUGAUCCACCUGCAGUCAUGAAUGCAGAUACCUUGAGUUACUGUCAAAAAGAGGCCUGGUGUAAGCUAGCUUUCUAUCUCCUUUCCUUCUUCUACUAUCUGUACUGCAUGAUCUACACUUUGGUGAGCUCUUAACUGAAAGAUCAUCAUUAAAGACUGAAAACAGCAAAGGCUGGAGGUGCAAGAAUGAGUGAGCCAAGGGAUGCAUGAUUUAAAAAAAAAAAAAAAAAAAAAAAAAAAAAAAAAAAAAAAAAAAAGAGGAAGACUUUGAAACCAAGAAGUAAAUAGAGUGCAUGAAACAGACACCCAGCAAGAAGAAGCAGAAUAACGUGGGAGAAUGGCUGAGUUAACUGUGUUUGUCUCCUGUUUCUCAAUGUGUUGCAGUAGAUGACUUUGAAAACCCAAACAAAAAA